AUGGCCAUAAAGCGCGUGCCACUUCGUCUAGGCUCUCUACGGACGACACUAAAGCCUUCCAGCACCGAUGUCUCCUCGUCGUUAGUCUCGGAGAGUCCUUCGCUGACUAACGCAUCGCUUUCUCGGAUCUGUCACGUGUGUACGACGCGGGAAGCGAAAUAUACGUGUCCGCGUUGCAACGCGUCGUACUGUUGUGUGGACUGCUACCGCUCGCAUGGCACGAGCUGUACCGAGCCAUUCUUUGAGAUUCAUGUACGCAAUGAGAUGCAGCUAACGGUGAAUGAAAGGAACGGUGAGAACGAGAAAAAACAGCAGCAGAAGAGCGUCCAGGAGCUACUGGAGCGUGUUCGAGAGUUUCAAGGAGAUCAGCAGCAGCUCCUAACAUGUACCGAUUAUGACGAUGAAGAAGCGUUGAUCGAACGAAUGCAGGAGCUGGCAGUACUUAAUAAAGCGGGAGAGCUGACACUGGAGAGUUUGACGCCGGAGGAGAGGAAGGUGUUUUUGGGAGAAGUGACGAAUGGACGACUAGGAAAGCUUGUGGAACUUUGGUCGCCGUGGUGGUUGCUCUCUGAACACAAAUACCGCAGUGAGACGCUGGCUAGACGACGAGAGUUGAUAAUGGAGGAGUUGGGUGGUCACGAUAACAAAGAAGAGGAAGCUACAACGGUGAGAGCUGAAGUUUUGUAUCCCGUGGGCCUGUUUACGAAUGUUGAGGCGCAGAAGAUGCCAAAGUGUAUGAACGCAUUACUGCCGGAUGGAAGAAAGCCAUCGCCGUGUCUGCACUGGCACUUGGUUGAACUGCUCUUUGGGUACGCACUGGUGCUUCGUGCUUACAACGGCGAUUACGAGCAAGAUGUGGCAGAAGCGGCGCUGAUGCUGCUGGACUUGUGCCAGGUGCUUAGUGCGGAUGCUCGCUACGGGUCUGUCGAGCACGUCUGCCUGGCAUGUCUAGAAAAGCUGUGUAACGGCGGCCCUGCUGCAAAUAAGUUGGCUAUCCAGGAUACGCAGCAGAUCUUACGUUCUAACGUGUUUCUGCUCGACGCCCUCAGCGACAUGCGUCUACUGUUGAAGAAGUACAAACAAAAAGAGCUCGAGCAUAGCGCUGAGUGCGACAAACAAGCCAGAAAGGAGCGGAAGACAGCGACGAAAAGGCUUGCAAUCGUACAGAAGAAAUUGCAGUUCUAUCAGUCGUGGGCGUAUCUGACAUCGAUCGACGAGUUCCAAGAGCUCGCGAAGGAGAUCCAAGCUUACACGAGAGACAAAGUACAGCUCAAUUAG